ACUGUCUUUCUUUAAUCUGGUCAGACAGUGUUUUGUUUGGAAAACUGCUGUGCCUCGAUCCAAUUAUUUGACCAAAUUAACUUUCAGGACAGCCUGACUGACACAUCACACCUCUGUACAACUGUUUACUUUCACUCAUUAACGUGAUUUAAAUCUGUUCCACCCUCUUCAUCCAACCUUCCAAGCAUCAGUUGUUUCAUCAUGUCCACUCAUCCCACCCAGUCCUACCACAACGGGGCCUACAUGUCCCUGAUGAAAGGUUUGAAAGAGCUGGACCUCCGGGGCUCCAGUGUUCCCUGUGACCUGGUGCUAACUGGAGACGAUGCCUUUCCUUUAGCAAUGAACAGCCAGGGCCAGGUCCUGAUGGCAGCCUCUCUGUUUGGCUGUGGGAGGAUUGUGGUCCUGGGUCAUGAGACCUACCUGUACACCUUUCCUGCUCUGGUAGAGAAUGCUCUGACCUGGCUGAGAGGAGAUGGCUCUGACAACCUGUCUGUGGGGUUCCAACAAAACAGCAAGGCAGUUGCUGAUAACCUCAGCAAGUCUAGCUUCCAAGCCAAAGUUGUUGAGGCCUUCAGUGACAAAGUGGGGGUUGGUGUGUAUGUGACAGAUGCCUACAGCGUGGGUGCAGAUGUGAAGGAGCUGGUGGCAUUUCUGAAAGCUGGAGGAGGAGUGCUGAUAGCGGGGCAGGCAUGGCACUGGGCUUCAACUCAUCCUAAAGAGAACACAGUUCUACAAUUCCCAGGGAAUAAAGUGUCUGGUGUGGCAGGGAUCUACUUCUCUACAGAUUAUGGGAAUGCAGAGAUCAUACCUGUCCACCCUCAGAUCCCCUCCUCAUGGAAGGCUUUACGUCUUGGAAAAAAUUUUGAAGAUGACCUGGAGUUCUUACUCCAGGGGAUUUCAGAGUUUGACUGGGCAGAUGCCCUGUCAUCUGAGGUUCUGGUCCACGGACCACUGGCCUUCCCCAUUGGUACCACUGAGGAUGGAAGGGUGUUCCUGGCAGGAGGCUACUAUGGGAAGGGACGAGUCAUUGUGAUCGGACAUGAAGCACUUCUGACAAUAGAGGUGCAGUGUGAAUACAGUGUUACAACAGCAGCUGAAUGGUCGUCGCUGCGCACAGCUCCUGCACCCUGGGCAGAGUUGGAGUGUGACAACAUCAUCAUAAGUGCACCGUCAGAUUUUGUUCGAGGCCUGGAGCACCCUGAAAAGGUGGCAGCAGUAUGGGAUGAGAUCAUGAAAGGUGUCGCUGACCUGGCUGCCAUACCACAUAAAUUGCCACGCAAAGAACGCUUUGUGGCAGAUGUGCAGAUUUCUGCUGGUCUGAUGCAUUCAGGCUAUCCUGUCAUGAUGCACACAUAUACUGUAAGUGAAGUCUUCAGAGUAGGUGAUGACAGGACUGUGGUCCUGUGGGGUGAAAUUCAUGAACUGGGACACAACCAGCAGAGAGCCCCCUGGGAGUUCAGACCACACACCGGAGAGGCCACAAACAACCUGUGGUCGGUGUAUGUGCAUGAAGAGGUACUGGGGAUCAACAGGGAAAAGGCUCAUCCAUCUAUGACCUCAACAGAACGGAAGAACACUGUAGACCAUUAUGUUAAAGGGGGCAGAAAACUCAGCGACUGGCAUGUGUGGACGGCCCUGGAGACAUAUCUGCAGCUCCAGGAAAAGUUUGGUUGGGAUGCCUUCAAGAAGGUGUUUGCUGCCUACCACAAGAUAAGCAACUAUCCCAGUGACAACGAGGGAAAGAUGAACCUGUACGCUGAGACCUUCUCCCAGAUUGUUGGGAAGAACCUGACUGGGUUCUUCAAAGCCUGGGGCUGGCCCAUAGCCACAGCCACAGAGGAGAAACUCUCCAACCUGCCUCGCUGGAGUGACCACCCCAUGGCUAAAUAUGACAAGAGCAACUGAGGAGAAACUCUCCAACAUGCCUCGCUGGAGUGACCACCCCAUGCUUAAAUAUGACAAAAAAUUUAAACUGUAGCUGAUUAAAAGUGCAGAGAGAUGGGUGUUAGUUUGGGAUGUAAUCAUUAUACACUGGGGUUAGGGUUAGAGACACAUUGCUUCUUGGAUGGUACUGUAAUCCUAAAGGGGUGGCUCAGCUCAAAAAACAUGACCGUUGAUUCACGUUGUGUUUGUAAGACAGACACUUAAUGUGUUUUCAGUUGUGUAUGUUGCUAUUUGCCUUUAUGCCAAUAAAAAAGACACAAGCAAACA